AUCGCGCAGCCACCCACCGGUCUCCCUCCCCGCGAGCGACUGGCGGCGAGCCUCUCGCGCUCGUCUCCGUCCCCCUACACACAGGCCAACCCACCUCCUCCACCCAGUGGCCGCGAGCGCGUACCGUCCUACAGCAGCCAUGGCCGUCUCCGAGAGCUCGCGCAACGCGCUCCUGCCCAGCUUCCUGUACGCGGCCCCCGUCGCCGCUGGCUCGACCACCACAACCUCGGCCGCCGCUGGCCUGGGUGGCCGCGGGCUCGUCGCGCCGUCUGGCGCUGCGUCGACGGGGCCCGCGGUGUGGGCGCACUCGCCUAGCGAGCCGGCCCGCAAGAUAGAAAUGUACUCGCCGGCGUUCUACGCGGCGUGCACGGCCGGCGGCAUCGCCAGCUGCGGUCUCACCCACAUGACCGUGACGCCGCUCGAUCUCGUAAAAUGUAACAUGCAGAUCAAUCCAGCCAAGUACAAGAGCAUCUCCUCAGGAUUUGGUGUCCUCUUGAAAGAGCAAGGGGCAAAGGGUUUCUUCAGAGGCUGGGUGCCUACUCUGAUCGGUUACAGUGGUCAAGGCGCGUGCAAGUUUGGCUUCUAUGAGUUCUUCAAGAAGUACUACUCGGAUAUUGCUGGACCUGAGAAUGCGGCCAAGUACAAGACUUUGAUCUAUCUUGCUGGUUCUGCUUCGGCUGAGGUCAUUGCAGAUGUUGCCCUCUGCCCUAUGGAGGCUGUGAAGGUGCGUGUGCAGACACAGCCUGGCUUCGCGAGAGGUUUAUCUGAUGGGCUCCCUAAGUUUGUGAAGGCUGAAGGAUAUGCUGGAUUGUACAAGGGGAUCGUUCCACUCUGGGGCCGUCAAAUUCCAUACACCAUGAUGAAAUUCGCCUCUUUUGAGACGAUCGUUGAGAUGAUCUACAAGUAUGCAAUUCCCGCACCCAAGAGUGAGUGCAGCAAGCCUCUCCAGCUGGGAGUGAGCUUCGCAGGCGGCUAUGUUGCUGGAGUGUUCUGCGCAAUAGUUUCACACCCAGCAGACAACCUUGUUUCGUUUCUCAACAAUGCUCAGGGUGCAACUGUUGGUGAUGCUGUGAAGAAGCUUGGUCUGUGGGGUCUGUUCACGCGUGGACUGCCUCUGCGUAUCGUGAUGAUCGGUACUCUCACCGGAGCACAGUGGGGUAUCUAUGAUGCUUUUAAAGUCAUGGUUGGAUUGCCAACUACUGGUGGAGUUGCUCCAACACCUGCAGCUGCUGGAGAGCAGCUGAAGGGCUGAGGCUCGAUUCUAUUCCUGAUUUCUAACAACAUUUUUUGGCGCCGAACUGGAUGAUGACGAAAUAGCUCAUCCUUUUAAGAGCAGAUGAUUAUUUUCUGGAAUGCUUAGAUGCAACCCUGGUAAUUAGGUUUUCAGAACAGUUUAGGAACAAUGUUCAGCUCAAUAUUGUCCGUUGAAGGAUGGAUUUCCUGGAAACCAUGAGAUCAUUGUCUUUCUUUAUGCGGCAGUUUUUGCAGUAAGAGUUGUACUGGAACCUUGCAUAACACUGUUCAGCUUAACAUAUGUAUUGCUGGUCUGAUUUCUCC